ACAGACUUUCUUUCUCGUCCCUUCCCAAAUUGAAAAUGGUGAAGAUAGACUGGAGAAGUACCACGUUCAUCGCUCCGCCGCACAACUCCUCAGCCUCUCGUUCCUCUUCAUCCUCGCCGCCGCCAGCCGUCUUCAUUGGAUUCACAUGCUCAGAAAGCUAGGUUUCCGGAAGCUCGCGGGAACGAGCUGAUUUACAGGAAUUAUCUGCCAACACUUCUCUGCUCCUCCCAUAGUGAUACCGAUGUAAAGUUGUUCUGGUUUUGCAUUUUCGUUUUCAAUUUCGUUAAUGUCUGGAUUAUGCUGGAGCUUCUCGAGUUGUUGUGGUUUCAAUUGAUUCAUUUAUUUGCAUUUCCAUUUGAUUUUGAGCUUGAAAUUGUGUGGUAGUCAGCUUUUUAGGAGUAUUGUGUAGGAAGUAUGGUCCUUCCAGGAUAUUAUUCAACAUAAUUUAAAUUUGGCAAAACAAAAAUUCAGUGAAAUUGAACAACUUCAAGAACACAUCUAAAUAAGAAGCUGAGACACGGGAAGUCUUAAAACGAAGAUGAGAGUUUAGCUUUAGCAUAAGCCUAAGCUACACUAUUUGUAAAGGAGGUUGGAGUAAUUGCUGUUCAACAUUCAAGACUGGCAUUCACUCAUAUUCCAGCUGUAGGAGUUGUUACCCUUAGGCGGUGUGUUGAUGCAACGAUUAACCUCAACUAAUUGAAGUAAAUGGACACGAUUAUUCAUAUACUCCAACUUUGGUUGUCCGCGCGCACGUCCGUACUUAUCCAAAAUGAUUUUCUUUGUUGUUUUAUGUUUCAACUUUUAAUGCAUGAGUUUAAAUUUUUUUGGUCUAUAUAUAGUAGAAAAUAUUAGCAAAUAUAAAAAAUAAUUUUAUUGCGUUUGAACAAAAAUGUUAUUUUCCCUCACAUUUUCUUUCUUCCCAUACUUCGCCUAUAUUUUCCUCCCUAUUUUAUUUUUGAAGUUUGUUACAUUAUUAUCAAAGUAGAUUGCACCUUCAAUGGUGACCAAUCUGGGUGAUCCUCCUUGGGAUUCUUUCGUCUCAAUUUUGAUGAAUGGAUUUGCCACAUGAGCAGAUCGUUUUAGUAAUGUGAUGUUCUACUUUAAACUGCUUAUUCCGGUUACUCUGGGCUUUUGAAGAGAGUCAAUCCACCACCUUUUUCCACAUAACAGAUCAGCAACCCGUGACACUAUCCUAGGUUGUGAUCAUGAAGACAAACACCUCUUAGAUGUCCUAAAGUUGCUUCCUUCCUCCUUUUUUUCCCCAUUCUAUAGUUACUUUCAUGUGUGUAGCUUGAUUAAGAUGGCUAAUAUAUCUCUUAUUGUGCAUGGUAAGGUUUCUAGCAAACCACAGGAUCCUCAACAUAGCCUCCCAGACCUACAAGGUGCAGGUGCAGGUGAUGGGAGUGAUGAUAAAAAAGAGCCUUUUUUUGCUAAAGGAAUUUUGAAGAAACUGGGAAGAUAUGGCAUUGCAGGGGUAUUAUCGUAUGGGCUACUGAAUACUGCCUACUAUCUCACCGCAUUUCUCGUCGUGUGGUUAUAUGUUGCUCCUGCACCUGGGAAAAUGGGUUAUGGUGCUGCUGUAAAAAGAUUCCUUAAAAUAAUGGCUAUGGUGUGGGCUGGUAGCCAAGUCACGAAACCUGCUAAAGCAGGAGGGUGAGCUAUCUAAUAAUGGACAUUCCUUAUUUCUUAUUAUGAUUCUCAGGGUCCGUUUGGAAUACGGGAAAUACUAGGGAAAGAAAGUAGAGAGGAAAACAUGAAGAUAAUUUGAGUUCCAUGGUAAUAUGCUAAGUACAUAAUGCCAAUCAUAAGAAUGUAUCAUUUCAAGGAAUCUUUUCCCCUUUCACUAGCACUUCUCGGGAUCAAAACACAUGUAUAUCAUUUUUCUUUGCAUUAUCCAAGGUAAUACCAACUACAACAAUAUAUCUUUUCAAGGCAUCUUUAUCCCUUUCUUUGGCACUUUUUGGAAUCCGUUAAUACUUUUGGAUUUAAGAUUUAUUGAGUUUUAGCUAACCUUUUAUUUUUCCUCACAAUUUCAUUCCCUCUAAUAGUCCUCUAUGUUUUCCCACCUAUCAUCUUUCUUUGUUAUUUUUCCGGGAUCCAAACGGGCCCUUAAUAUUUUUUGAUUUAUAAAUUUAUACUCUUCUCUCUAUGUCGGACGGAUGUUUUUCUGUAGGGCUCUAGCUCUUGCUCCGUUUGUGGACAGGGGAUUGUCAUGGUUUACUGCUAAGUUUGGGUUUCAGUCACAAGGAAAGGUUAUGAGCCAAGACUCUGAGCAUUCUUCUUAAGCUGGCAUGCUGCAACUUUAUUCGCUUAUUUAGGGCCCGUUUGGUAAAGGCACUUUGGCUGAAAUGACAUUGUCUGAAUGUGCGCAAAGCAAACGUGUUUGUUAACACUCAUCUCAGCCAAACAAGUCAAAAGCUACAUAUUUUGCUUACUCUACCUAAUUUGCUGAUAAGAAAAUUAAGCAGAAUGACCCUAAGUGCCCCCAAGCAGAGCCUUAUUUUGAUGAGCUUUAAAAAUGGAGUUUUUUUUGCAGGCUUCAUUGGCCAUAUCUGGAUUUUGCUUAGCAUUGGUUAUGGUGUUUUUCCUUGUAGUGACGUUACUUUGGGCAUAGAGAGAUACAAUGCUCUCCAACCGUUCAAACCGCUUCUCAAAACAGCAGCAUUUUCUGCUCGAAAAAUGACAUUUUUGUUUUUGGCAAAAACGCCAAUAGGCAAACAAGGACAUGCACAUUGUAUCUAUAUUCCUCCUCUUCGUUCUCUAUAAGUGUCGUU